AGAUUGUUUUUCUGGCGUCGGUCCAAGUCACUGCGACGCCAACCUCCAAAGCGCCAACAAGCGCCAACCUCCAAAGCUGUAGAUUUCCGACCUCCAAAGCUUACAGAUGUGGAAGAUGGAGCUCGUUCCCAAGUCGCUGCCUUUGAUCUGGGGCUUGUUCUACCUCUGCCUUCUCUCCACGGACUCCGCACACGCACAGCAGCAGCAAGCUCGAGCCCAAGCCCAAGCGGGCGGAAAUAUUGCAUCGCCGUGGAGCGACGAUGAGGCGCACUUCAACCGAACUCUCGACUCGAUUUUGGUGCCACGCGUCGUUGGCAGCCGUGGGCAUCAACAGGUGCGUGACUACCUGGUGCAGUCACUCAAUGGCCUUGGCUUCCAAACGGAAGUCGAUGAGUUCAAGCAGCGUGUGCCAGUGUUAGGCGAACUAACGUUCGGCAAUGUCGUGGGUACCAUCAAUCCACGGGCUCAGAACUUCUUGGCCCUGGCUUGCCACUACGACAGCAAGUACUUCCCCAAUGAUCCCGGAUUUGUGGGCGCCACAGACUCGGCUGUGCCCUGUGCUAUUUUGCUGAACACAGCCAAGACGCUGAGCAGUUAUCUAACAAAAGAGUUUCGCAAUCGUAACGAUGUUGGGCUUAUGCUCAUCUUCUUUGAUGGUGAGGAGGCUUUCAAGGAAUGGACAAACGCUGACUCAGUCUAUGGAUCCAAGCAUCUGGCUUCUAAAUUGGCCCGUACACCCAGCGGAGUACAAGCUGGUGGCCAAGCACAGCUGGCGUCGCGUAAUAUCGAUCGCAUUGAAGUGCUUGUGCUGCUAGACCUAAUUGGUGCACGUAAUCCCAAGUUCUCAAGCUUCUAUGAGAACACCCAUGGUCUGCACUCCAGUCUAGUGCAGAUUGAGAAAUCCCUGCGCGCUGCUGGUCGCCUAGAGGGCAAUAAUAACAUGUUUUUAAAUCGUCUUUCCGGGGGCUUUGUUGAUGAUGAUCAUCGUCCGUUUUUGGAGGAGAAUGUGCCCAUACUGCAUUUGGUGGCCACUCCUUUCCCAGACACUUGGCAUACACCUCGAGAUAACGCUGCCAAUCUCCAUUGGCCAUCCAUACGGAAUUUCAAUCGCGUUUUCCGCAACUUUGUGUACGAAUAUUUGGUUAGACACACAGCCCCCAUCAACUUGCGUUUUUAUCGAACAUAG